ACUGCUGGAGUGAGAUCUCCUGCCCCGGCGUUCUAGGGCGCGGGGCGGGCGAACCCCUCCGAGGAGUAGGCGAGGAUAAGGGUGGUGGAAGCAGUGGGCGCAGGCCGGGUUUCAGGGCCCGACGGGAGACAGGGUGGGGCUAGGAAAAGGGGGCGCGGUCGGGCUGCGGAGUUUGAGCGGAGAGCGUGCGCGCGCGCGGGGCCGGGGAAGCGGGGCCGGGGCGAGAGAUGCCCCGCGCGACGGGCGGCGGUGCACCGUUGUAGGACGACAACCGCAGCAUGUGCGAGGGCCCUUCCCGCAUCUCGGGGCCCAUCCCCCCAGACCCUACGCUCUGCCCUGACUACUACAGGCGACCCGCCUCGGCCCAAGGACGCCUUGAGGGAAACGCGCUGAAGAUGGACCUGCUGACUUCAUGCCGCGACCCAGACUUCAGCUCUACUCGUGGCCCCCGCACCAGGCCGGGAGCCCGAGAGAUCCUGGAACGUGGCCAGCGCGGCGUGGGGGAUGUGUUGCUGCAGCUAGGGGGCAUCUCGCUCAGUCCAGGGGUCUCUUCCAAGAGGAAGGAUCCUAAAGACUAUGAGAAGGAAAACCUGAGGCGAAUCAAAGAAAUUCAGAAGCGCUUCCGAGAGCAGGAACGCAACCGGGAACAGGGCCAGCCCAGGCCCCUGAAGGCACUGUGGCGCUCACCCAAGUAUGAUAAGGUGGAGUCCCGAGUCAAGACCCGAAUGCAGGAAUCUGUCCAAACCUCUGUGCCACAGCCUGCCCACUUUCUGCGGGCACACUCCCGCUGUGGCCCUGGACUCCCGCCAUCCCGUGUCCCUAGUCCCCAGCUCACUCUUCCAGGUCCCAAAGCAAAGGGGCCAGACCUAGGUGUGGACUUCAUUAGACACAAUGCUCGAGCUGCCAAGAGGGCCCCCCGGCGCCAUUCCCGCUCACUGCAAGUCCUCGCACAGGUUCUGGAGCAGAAACAGCAAGCCCAGGAACACUACAACACUACACAGAAGGGCCACGUGCCCCAGUACUUGUUAGAACGCAGAGAUCUAUGGCGCCGGGAAGCUGAGGCCCGCCAGAAUAACCAGCCAGACCCUGCCAUGCCUCCUGGCCACACUCGCAUGCCUGAGAGCCAGCGGCUGGAGACACUGAACAAUCUUCUCCAGAGCCAGAGUCAGCUGCUACGUGAGCUGGUACUACUGCCUGCUGGCGCAGACUCACUAAGAGCCCAGAGUCACCGGGCUGAGCUGGACAGGAAGCUGGUGCAAAUAGAAGAGGCCAUCAAGAUUUUUUCUCGACCCAAAGUGUUUGUGAAGAUGGAUACCUGAGCCUUUUGUGAGGGCCAGUGACAAAGAGAUCCAUGCUGACCUUCUCUACACAGAGCUGCACAGGGCAGGAUCAAGCCCUACCAGGAGAAGUCAGAAGCAGUGGGGUGUACAGUAUCCUCAGAGUAAUCUUUCCAGUUACCCAUGGCUGCAGAAGGGCCAUUCCAGCCUUUCAGCCUCUUUGUCAAAAUUAAA